AAAUUUUGAAGAUAAUAAAUAAAUAAAUGUCAUGUUAUUAUUUUUAUUGCGACAAAAUUGAAGCUUGUUGGGUUUUAUGCAUAAAUUAGGGCGCCAAAUUACAAGAUCCGCCAGAUCGAGACGAAGGAUUUCAGUUCCAAAAAGUGUAAAGGGACGAAAACCGUUGUGAUCAAAGGAGCCAAUCAAAUCCAUAUAUUGAUUUUAUCUUCUCGAUCAAUUCGUCAAUAAUCUCGGUCUUCAAGUAAAUGGCGAAACUGAAGCUGAAGCAGCCUCCAAAUAAAAAUUGUACUCCAAGUGGCCCUGACAUGGAGAAGUGCCUACAAGACGGUUGGGUUGUUGUCAAGAAGCAAAAAGUUACCAUCUUGAUCCCAGCUUUACCCAUCCCGGAACACUGCACAAUGCCUAACCCAGCCAGAAGUCCAUCGCAGCCGAUACCCACCAAAGAGGUUGAUCAUAUUACAGCUCCACAGCCGGAUCCACCUGUCAACAUAGAGAAAACCAUGCCAUUGGCCACCGUAAAACCCAUCACAACAUUUUCCAACCCACCAAAGCUGAACCAUAGAGCUACACCAGGAAACCUACUUAAGGAUGAACCCAAUUGUCAUAGAACACUUGGGAUUUGCAGUGCCCCAAAAGCAAGAAAACAUUGUGGAAAUUUGCUCAAUGGGCACAUGUUGGUGAAUUCAAAGAUGAGGGCUUUGAAUCUUGAGAGAAAGCUUCAGAGAGCAGGUGGGCUGAACAAUUGGCUGGUGUCUCUUGGACUCGGUCAGUUUGUGAAGAUUUUUAGGUGCAGACAUGUUGGCAAGGUGCAAUUGGUGAAUCUGACAAUGAAGAAGCUGAAAGAUAUGGGUGCAGAUGCAGUUGGGCCUAGAAGAAAACUGAUGCAUGCUAUUGAAUGCCUCUGGUAAACUUGAAUGUGCAAAACUUUAAAUAUGUGACAAGAUCAGAGGUACCAAGUAAGAACACGUUAUUACCUAUAAUGUCGUAUUGACGAUAACUGCUCCUGAUAUGUCGUACAAGGAGAUUAACAUUUAUGUGAGCAAAUUCUUUCGUAUAUCAUCUCCCUCAUACUUAUCAUUUCUUUCGUAUGCCGCGCUUUGGUCUAGUGGACUGGUAUCAUGGUGCUUUCUUACAUUGUUACCCAUAUAACUAACACAUUUUGAUGGUUGUUUUCUA